CUAAGAAUAAAAAAUUAGCUAUCAUUUUCUCAAGGCUUAAUUUCACCAGAUAUUGUGCUUAAUACUUUAGAACUGUUAGUUAACCUUCAGGACAUCUUGAGGAAUGAUUGUUCUCAUUUUGCUGAUGAGGAAAUUGUCAUUUUCAAGGCUACUAAAAAGCUGCUGGUCACACAUCCCAAAGUUAAGAGCAUUGUGGAGUCACAGUUUAAACCCAGGGCUCUCUGGCUCCAAAGACUCUUUCCCUAACUAUUCCUUUAUACUAUCUCCUCUAUAGCUGGGUUUCAUGAUUUUUUAUUUUAACCAAGUAUUCAGAGAAAUAACAUUCCCUCGUCUCUUUUGCUGGAGAUAGGUGGUGUGGCUCCCUUUGGUCUACUUUGCAUUUGCCAAUCUGUCUCUACACUCAACAUUGUAAGGAGAGACCACUUACAUCCGGGCUUGCCAGCUUUAGGAAUUACUCCAGAACAUCUUCCCCUUCCUCCCGGCUUACAAUGUCAUCUCCCCUCGGGAGAGCUUGUGGAGUGGCAUCUGGCUCCAAAUUGUGAAAGACUCAAGUUCAAACUCGCCGGAGCCACAAAGUAUUUGGCUUGGGCAAGUGACCUAGGCCCUCUGAGCCAUUAGUGACACCCAUGUCACCAGGUCAGUGUGCCCAUUUGGAGUGCAGUCUAGGUGAAGCUCCUGAUGGGAAAGCGCACCAUAAAGGAUGAGCCCAGAAGCCAUGGGUCCCUCUGGGGCUUCCCUACCCCGGAAGCCUCCCAGGAUGCACCGCGGCCAGAUGCCUCGUGGCCUCAAGGAGGAGUCGGUGUGGACGCAGGAGGACAAAGGAUGUUUCAGGCAUUCAAAGAAUGGUUCUGGUUGGAAAGUUUCUGGCUUCCCCCAACAAUAAAGUGGUCAGAUCUUGACGAUCACGAUGGACUCAUCUUUGUCAAACCAUCUCAUUUGUAUAUGACAAUUCCAUAUGCUUUUCUCUUGGUGAUCAUCAGAUAUUUCUUUGAAAAGUUAAUUGCUAUCCCAUUAGCAAAAGCACUUGGCAUUCAAAAACCAGUUCAAAAAAUUAUACCAAAUGCCAUCUUAGAGUACUAUUUCAAGAAUUCCACAGGGCAACCAUUGCAAACUGAUAUUUAUGGACUGGCAAAGAAAUGUAACUUAACAGAACGCCAAGUUGAAAGAUGGUUUCGGAGGCGCCGGAAUCAAGAGAAGCCUUGUAGGUUGAAGAAAUUCCAGGAAGUUUGCUGGCGAUUUGCAUUUUACUUAAUGCUUUCUGUUGUUGGAAUUGCAUUUCUUUAUGAUAAGCCUUGGGCAUCUGACCUCUGGGAGGUUUGGAAUGGCUACCCCAGACAGCCCUUGCUGCCGUCUCAGUACUGGUACUACAUGUUAGAAAUGAGUUUUUAUUGGUCUCUUAUAUUUAGCCUUGGCUAUGAUGUCAAGAGGAAGGAUUAUGUAGCUCAUGUUGUUCACCACCUGGCUGCACUUAGUUUGAUGAGCUUCUCUUGGUGUGCUAAUUAUAUUCGCAGUGGGACCCUUGUGAUGAUUGUGCAUGAUACAGCUGACAUUUGGCUGGAGUCUGCUAAGAUGUUUUCAUAUGCUGGAUGGAAGAAAACCUGUAACAUCCUGUUUUUAAUCUUCACUGUUGUAUUUUUCAUCACCCGCUUCAUUAUUUUUCCCUUCUGGAUUUUACAUUGUACGCUGAUAAUGCCUCUGUACUACCUCGAGCCUUUCUUCUCAUACAUCUUCCUCAACCUACAGCUGCUGCUUCUGCAGGCCCUGCAUGUUUACUGGGGUUACUUAAUCCUGAAGAUGAUUAAAAAAUAUAUAUUCCAGAAGGACUGUAAAGAUGUGAGGAGUGAUAACGAAGAGGAAGAAGAGGAGGAGGACACUGACAGCAAUGACGAGGAGGAAGAGGAAGCUACCAAAGACAAAGAGAGAAACUGUUUGAAGAAUGGCUUUGGGACCAACAAGCAUCUCAUUCCCAAUGGUCAGCACAGCCAUUAGCUUGAAGUCACAGCCACGUGAAUCCCAUGCACAGCGUGCCGCAAGGACUGCUGGGAGCCUGCCAUGCUCCCACUUCAUUGCUGUGGCCAGGAGGACCACAGAGACCCCAGGUUCUACCCUUCCCUCUUUCUCACCUUUCCUUCCUCCUGAGAUAUGUUUAAGAAUAUGUUGUUAAUUUGUGUUCAAAUAGUAAAUAUGCCCAUGCCUGUGGAUUUUACUGCAGUUUGGAUGCAGGCUUGUCAAAGAAUUCAAAGAUUUCUCCAGAGCACUGUUUGAGUUCUGAUUGCGUUCAUUUGUGCACUUGAGUCACAUCUGACUUGUUCAGGGACUCACUUUGCUUUAGCCCUUUCAUCUUUUCACCUUGCCUGUCCUCAGGGUGCCUUGACCAGUACGAAGGAAGCCUGCUUCUUUCCAGGUGUGUUUAGCCACAGAGAGCAGCUCAUUUCCCAGGGCUGUGUCAGAAGUGGUGGUGGGACAGUUACAAGGACCAGACAGGGAGACAGGCUCCAGGGCUCAUGGCCACUUCCUGCCAUAGAGGCGCAGGUGCUGGUCUCUACAGUGCAAUGGUAGUGCUCACUGUGCAGCUUCACAGGGUUGGGUGAGGUGCCGGUGUGAUAAGAGAACUGAUGCAUACACUUCACCUGCGGGCUUGUUAACUGACCCUCUCCACACUGAUUCUAGCUGUCUGGAAGCAGAAAGCCUGGCUAAACUUGUCAUUAAUGAAACGUAUAAUCUUUAAAAAUUCCUCUCAGAUGUGUCUGAGAUGGCUGGAAAUGCAAAUACCCAGAAGGCUGAUUCCACUUGAUUUGCUAACUAUGUAUUUACCCAUCCCCAAGGAUAGUUCUCAAGUUCCCCUGGAAAUCUCCCUCAGAUCCAUAGCCAAGAGGAGGGAGAUUUAGCACCUUUCCUCUUUAUUUUUUGCUGAUUUUCACUUUUUUCCUCUCUAAUGGGGAAGCUUUCCCAUGCUGCCUUGAGUCCCUUCUUUGGGCCAGCAGAGCUCCUGGACGAUGGGUGUCAGUCUGGGGCCUCUGCAGAGAAGUGGGAAGCAGGUUAGGUUGCACACUGAGCCACGUCACCUGGAAAGCCUGAGCCUCUGGAUAGCAUUCAUGGGAGCUGCUGGCCUAAGGAAGUCUUAGGAACAAGAGAGGAAGCCGCGUGAUUUCAUUGCCGUCAUCCAUCCAAUCAGACUGCAUUAUGGUGCAAAAACACAACACAAAAGGCCAUAAAAUAGUCACACACACACACACACACCCCACAGCGAUGAUGCAAAGGUGCGAGCCACCCUGAGCCAGCCCUCCUGGAGGAGGAGGGUGGAUCUGGGACGGUAGGCCUGGUCUGGCACUGCCUCACCCUCCAGGAAGGAGGAAGUGGGAACCUUUGAACACACCCUGUCCCUAUUUGGGCUUUGUCACUGCAGGGGACACUUGUCCUGAGCACAGUGGGCUGUGCUGACCUUAGUGCUUUCUGGGGUCCCACUGAGUAGAGGCUGUGGCUUCCAGAGAAAGAGCUUGAGCACAGAGUGCCUGCUCCCUUCACUGCCCACCCUGCCUCUCUCAGUUGGGGUCUGAUUUUAUAUCUCCAAUGCACAUGUUUUGCUCAUGGCUCUUGCCUGUAUACAGCCACGUGAAGAGGGGCUGUGAGGACUGGAAAGUGAGGCCCAGCCACUGCAGGCUGCCAGGUGCCUGUAGCAAAAAGGGGACUGUAUACACUAAAAACAUCUAAGAUUUUUGGUUUUUAAUAAAAAUAGGUUUUUUUAAAACUGCAAGCUAAACAGAAACAAGACCAAACCCUUCAGAAUUUUUUCCCCAACAAAAUCUUGUUGAGGAAUCACAGAAAGAAAAGAAAAACAAACGUCAAAUUUUCUCUGCAUAUUUGCUUCAAUAACAUAUUCAUUGAUGUUUAAUAUGAUAUUAUAUAUGUAAAAUGACUCCACUCAAGGACGUAGCUCUUCAUUUAUUAUUAUUUUUUCUUUUGGUAUUGGGGAUUGAA